AUGUCACUAGACCCUUCAAGAACAGACCAAAGCCCUCUCAAACCAAAAGGAGGCGAAGAAGAUUUCGAAUCACGAGACUUCCAAGAGCUUGAAAGUGAAUUCCAAGCUGUUUUGCGCGAAAUUGGAGGCGAUAAGCAGCUUGAACAUUUCAGACGAGAAUAUGAAAAACUUCAUCGAGCACUUAAAAAUUCGCACGAAAAUGAGAAAAAAUUGAUUAAAAAAUGCCAAGAACUGAACAGGGGAAUUUUUUAUUUUUUUUUAUUUAAAAUUAUUAAAAAAAAUAAAAAAAUUAUUUUAGCAUAACUGAACCAACAAAUCACAGAAAGCACCCUAAAAGUACAGCUAGCCCUAAAAUUGAGCCAAGAAGAAAACGAAAAUAUUAGAGCUUUUCAGGCCGAUUUAGAUCGAGCUGUAAAAACAUUGGAAGCUUUUAGGGAAAAAGAAGAAAAAGCUAAAAAAACUAUACAAGAUUUAAGGGAACAUAUAGAGCACUUACUCCCCCCCCCAUCCUUGAUCGAACGAUGGCGAGUCGUUCGAUCAAGGAUGGGGGUUAAAAAAAAAAUUUUCGGGAAAAAAAAAAUAUAUAUAGAUAUUUUUUUUUAUUUACUUUUUAAAUAAGGGUUAAGAUAUUUAAUAAUUAUUUUUACAGCAAAAAAUUUUAAAGAAUCUCUCUUUUAUUAGAUUAUUGAGUUUUUAAGCAUAUGUUAAUGACUAAAUCACUUCGGAUGGUUGAUUCCGCAGCUUUCUGUCGUCUCAAAGCCUCUGAAAGCAACUUCAUUAUGUAGAUCUUCCCAAGCUUUUGAUAAAUAAUAUAUUUUUAUAUAUAUAAAUAUUUUGCAUGAUAUGAAAAUCGUUCGAUCAAGGAUGGGGAUUAAUUCCCCAAUUUUUAGGAUUUUUACAGUCAAUCGUUCGAUCAAGGAUGGGGGGGAGUUAGGACAAAUCGUGGAACAAGGGUCAGGACUUGCAGUAGGACAAGACAGCACUGUAAACGAGCUGCUAAGAGCUAAGGACGAGCUGAAAAGAGAAGUGGAUAUCGGAAACGACCAAAUUUCCACUGCCCAAAAAGAGCAUGCAGAAUUAUAUUAUUUUUUAUCAAAAAUCCUUAAAAAUUACUAACCAAUAUCUAUUUUUCAAAUAUUUUAAUACCAAAAUUAUCAUUUUCCUGCAAGUUCAUUAUACUCACCAUACUUGAUAAACUCCAAAAACUCGAAAUUUCCCGACAAACCUACAAAGACGAAAUUGCUGCUUGUAACACCCAAAUUGCCGAAAUCAAAGAACUAAUGCAAGCUGAAAACAAAAAAAAACUCGACACAGAAACCGCCUUAAAUGAAGAAAAAGGUGUUUUUGAUGGCAUUUUAGAAAGAAUCCAGCAAAAAGACAACCAAUUAAAAGCCCUUGUAGAAGAAAAAAGCAACAUUCAGAAAGAAAUCAAAAAAGUUGAAGACCAGCUACAAGAAAAAGGCUACGGGCUCCAACAAGCCCAAAAAGAACUUAGCGCGGCUGAGGAGAAAAAAGUCCACCAAGAAAUUGUCAGAGAAAACAUAUUAACUCCCCCCCCCCCCUCCGUGAGCGAACAAAACCAUUUAAAAAAUCGCCAUUUUUUGACCAAAAACCCACCCUCCGUGAGUGAACAAAAAUUUUUUUAAUAGAAAAAAAUUUUAAUGGAAAAAAAUUUUGAUAUAUAAGUGAUAAUUAGUAUAAUGAAAUCUAGAGCUAAUUCUGUUUAAUUUUAAACAAAUUGCGUUUUAAAACAUAAAUUUUGCAAAUUAAAUUAAUAUUUGCUUCCCAAUUUUUGCAAAUUAGGAUUUUUUUAAAUUUCGAAAAAAAUAUUUUUUAUAAAAUUUAUAUAUAAAUUUUUUUUAAAAAAAAAAAAUUAACCCCCCUCCGUGAGCGAACAAAAUUUUUUUGUUCGCUCACGGAGGGGGGGGGGGAGUAAGAGGAAAUUCUCAGCUAGAAGAAGACGUAGAACAGGCCAGAAAAGAUGCAGAAAUCUUACAAGACGAGCAGGAAAAGCUGAAAAGGGAGCUUAUUUCGCAGAAUAAAAGGCAUGAAAGCUUGUUUACAGAACGAAAAGAAGCAGAGCUGCUUAAAGACAAAGCAAGAGAGUAUAUGCACGAGCUUAUAAAGGAAAGUGACGCACUCAGGAAAGCGACUGAGGCUGACCAAAAUUUAAUAAUCUUUUUUUCCCUAUAAUUAAUUUUUUUUUUUUUUUUAAAAAAUUAUUUUUAUUUCUUAUAGAAAAGUAUAGAAAACUUAAAAAGAGAAAGAGACAUGAUCAUGAAAACCAUUAUGAGGGCUCGAGAUAAUAUCAGAAUGCAAGAAGAUACAGCAAUUACUAUGGAUAAUAAUAGGAAAAAGGUAGAAAAUGAAAUUAAAAAAUAUUCAAAAGACAUUAAAAAGCUUAAAGAUAAAGUUUGGCAGCUACAAAAAGAACAAGAAAGAUAUGGAAUUGAGAAGUCGCAAGCCUAUGCUAAAUAUUCUCAAUGUCUUGAAGAAGUAAAACUCUGUAAUUCAGUCAUUGCAGAGCUCCAAAAGAAAAAUGUGGAAGCUGAAGCCAAGCUAAAACAGCAGCAAAAUUUAUAUGAAGCUGUCAGAUCUGAUAGAAAUUUAUAUUCUAAAAAUCUCAUAGAAAGCCAUGAAGAAAUUGAAGAGCUCGAUAAAAAGAAAAAAAUCAUGCUUCACCAAAUAAACCAGCUUAAAGAAGAAAUUGCUGUCAAAGACACUGAAUUAAUCCAAGAAAAUAAACGUGUCGGGACCUUAGAAAAAUCCAUGCACGAAGCCGAGGAGAAAAAAAAUGAGCUGAUUGCUACACAAGAUAAGCUUGAAGAGGUCAUAAGGGAAUGUGAAAGAGAAAUCCAAAGGCUUAAAUACGUGAUUACUGAAGUAGAACAAGAAAAAUUAAAACAGCAAAAAGAGCUAGAACUGGUCACAAAUGAAAGGGAUAUUUUAGGGACUCAGCUGAUAAGGAGAAAAGAAGAGCUUGAACUUUUGUAUGAAAAAAUAAAAAUUUUUACAUCAACAUUGAAAAAAGGGGAAGAGCAGUACAAGCAGAGGCUGGGGGAUAUUGAUAUAUUAAAGAUAAGGAUUGCAGAAUUAAAACAAAAAUUAUCGUCUACUAAAAAAGAAGCCGCCGCUGUUUUUGAUCUUAAAAAAGAAAAUUAUACUAUUUUAUGAAAAUAUUUACUCCCCCCCUCCGUGAGUGAACAAAAAAAUUUUGUUCACUCACGGAGGGGGGUUAAUUUUUUUUUUUUUAAACAAAUUUAUAUAUAAAUUUUAUAAAAAAUAUUUUUUUUUCGAAAUUUAAAAAAAUCCUAAUUCGCAAAAAUGGAAAGCAAAUGUUAAUUUAAUUUAUAAAAUUUAUGUUUUAAAAAGCAAUUCGUUUAAAAAUUAAACAGAAUUAGUUUUAGAUUUCAUUAUACUAAUUAUCAUUUAUAUAUCAAAUUUUUUUUUCCAUAAAAAAUUUUUCUAUUAAAAAAAUUUUUGUUCACUCACGGAGGGUGGGUUUUUGGGCAAAAAAUGGCGAUUUUUCUAAUGGUUUUGUUCACUCACGGAGGGGGGGGGAGUUAGAAAAUAAAAUUUAAAUAAAAAAAAUUUUUUUAAUAUAAAAAAUGGUAUAUUUAGAAAGAGAGCUAUUAGAAGAAAAAGUCAAAGUAAAAGCCCUCAGUGAAGAAGUCGAAAAUACCAUGAAUGUCCAUAGGUGGCGAAAACUUGAAGGCACUGAACCAGAAGUCUAUGAGCUUAUCACAAAAAUCCAAACCCUCCAAAGGAGGCUGAUUUCCAAAACUGAAGAAGUCGUUAUAAAAAAUUCCAACCUUGACAAGCUAGAAAAAGAAUACGAAAAAUUAAAAGCGUCCUUAGCCAGACACCCAGGCCCAGAAAGCGCUGAAAAAAUCCAGGAAUGUAGGAAUAUCCUUGAAGAAAAGAAAAGCCAAAUGGACAGUAUGGAGCAAGAACUUGGGCUAUAUCAAGCACAGUCUAAUCAGUAUAAAUAUGAAAUUGAUAGAUUGACCAGAGAGCUGCAAGAAGUCAAGAAAAAUUAUUUUACGACGAAAAAGAGGGAACAGCUGAUUAAGGAGAGACAGCUGAAAGAUGAAGGAAAGGAUAAGCCUGUCAUUGUAAGAAAUCCUCCUCCGCAGAGAUUUACAGGUGGAGGAUUUAAUUUAGCAAUUUAA